CUAAGCCUCUGCGAGCAAACGAUUCAUGCCAAUUAGGGCCCAAAGCAGCGCCAAGUCCACUUCUAUUUUUUCCGUCGACUCAGUAUCACGGAUACCAAUAACAUACGGAUUGUUCUCGUUAAUGAUACGAGCUCUGGCUCCAUUACAAAGGCAUAAUUUAUUGUAUUUUAUUACUAAUCCCUCUUCUGUUUCAACAGUCUUGUCAUUAAUAUUUAUUUGCGCCACAACAUCAUUAACUACUGCUAAUAAUGAAUUUCUUUCAGACAGAGACUUGGACUCUUUUUCUUCGACAUCAAACUUCAUCAUCGUCAUCCCAACUGGCUCAACAUUUGUUAUUGUUUUAAUAAGCGGACUCGCACUUAUCAGUAUUAUUUUUUCAUCGGGAGCUAAAAAUGAUAUGCUCUCCGCGCAAGAUACCCCAGCGAUUCCGCCUCCAACAAUAACAAAAGGUCUGUACCAAUCAGAGUAA